UACAAUUGUGAAAUGAUGCAGAAUGAAGAAAUCUUCUGUUUCAGGGCGAAGAAAGCACAGAGGUGAAAAUGUGGAUUUUUACUCUGACAUACUCCCUGUGACCUGUAGGGAAAUGAAAGGGAUGCUGUAUAAGAAGAAAUUGAAACAAGGGUCCAUCAGGAAGUGCAUACGGAGUGAGGCUGGAGACUGGCUCACCCCCAGGGAGUUUGAAGUCCAAGGCGGCCGUGGCUGCUGGAAGAGCUGGAAGAUGAGCCUGCGUUGCGGUGGGAGAACCCUGAGAUGGCUGAUGGAGAAUGGAUAUCUAUGUAAUCCUCCAAGAAUAUAUGGAAGGAGAAAAAAGUGGAGAAUCUUGAAGUCACAUGCCAAGACCUUGGUUGACCCUUAUCCGGAGAAUUCAAACUUUUGUGACAUCUGCCAAAAUGGAGGAAAGCUCUUCUGCUGUGAUACUUGUCCGAGAUCCUUUCAUGAGGACUGUCACCUCCCACCUGUGGAAACUGAGAGGAGCCCGUGGAGUUGCACCUUCUGCAGGAUGAAGGAGACCUCAGGAAGCCAGCAGUGUCUCAGGGAACCCGAGGUCCUGGCGAGGCAGAUGGGGCCUGAGGAACAGCUGAAAUGCGAGUUCCUCCUCUUGAAAGUCUAUUGUGAUUCAGAGAGUUCGUUUUUUGCGAAGAUUCCGUAUUAUUAUUAUAUGAAAGAGGCUUCUCAAAACCUAAAAGAAUCCAUGUGGUUGGACAAGAUCAAGAAGAGACUGACUGAGCAGAGCUAUCCCCAAGUGGAGGGGUUUGUGCAGGACAUGCGCCUCAUCUUUCAGAACCACAGGGCAUCUUACAAGUACAAUAGCUUUGGCCAAAUGGGACUUAGACUGGAGGCGGAAUUUGAGAAGAAUUUCAAGGAAGUGUUCGCGAUUCGGGAAGCAAAUGAGAGUGAGCAGUUCACUGACGCAGUGAAAGCUGCUGGGACCCUGGAAAACCCUCUGUUGGCGCCAACAGCUCCCCCUGUAGGUGCCGUGAGGCUUGACUCCCAGAGCGGUAUUGCGUUGACCCAAUAAACGGAGCCAGUU